UCCAGCAGCAGGAGCAGAAAGAUGCGAGCGCUUAGAUCCUCAGCCAUCUUUACGCCUGUGAAUUAGCCCAAAGCGUGCGAGUGACCGAAACGGCUGCGGAUGGCGGAAUAGCGAGCAGUCCGUCGCGUCGCGUUCCCUCUGACGCGUUGUGCGCAGCGUUAUAUUCUCGUACACACGGCUGACGCGGCGAAAACGGGGAGCGUCUCUCCACGCGCAAGGUCGGCUCGAGUUUUGCGCAGAUUCCACGGGAGCGUCAGGAAUGAGUAUAGAAAUCCCCGCGGGCUUGACGGAGCUUCUGCAGAGCUUUACCGUGGAGGUGCUGAGGAGCCAGCCGGCGGAUCUCCUCGAGUUCGCGCUUCAGUACUUCACGCGCCUCAAGGAGAACGAGAGCCGCGGCGGCGCGUUUGGCAAUGAGCGCAACUCGAGCGGGCGAACGGGGAAAGCCGUUAACUUCUGCGAGGAGGCCAUGCAGAUCGACUCUGAAAACGGCGACGAGGAGGAGGACGACGACGACGACGACGAAGAAUUCGUAGCUCCGGUCAUUAACAGAUUUGUCAGACGAGCUUCCGUCUGUGCCGAGGCGUUUAACCCGGAUGAGGAUGAAGACGACAAAGACGCACGAGUCACUCACCCUAAAACAGACGAGCAAAGACAAAGACUUCAGGAGGCCUGCAGAGACAUCUUACUGUUCAAAACCCUGGACCAGGAGCAGAUGUCACAGGUGUUGGAUGCCAUUUUUGAUAAGAUUGUGCUGACGGGGGAACACGUUAUCGAUCAAGACGACGACGGCGACAACUUUUACGUCAUUGAGAGGGGAACGUUUGACAUCGAAUUGAAGGUAGACGGCACUACGCGGACUGUGGGGUCUUAUGACAACCGUGGGAGUUUUGGAGAGCUCGCCCUCAUGUACAACACGCCCAGAGCAGCCACCAUCAUCGCUACCUCACCCGGAGCUCUGUGGUGUCUGGAUCGACUGACGUUCAGACGGCUCAUUGUCAAGAACAACGCAAAUAAGCGAAAAAUGUACGAGGCUUUUAUAGGGACUGUUCCGCUCCUCACGUCUCUGGAGGAAUCAGAGAGAAUGAAGGUUGUCGAUGUCUUGUCAACCAAAGUGUACGACAGCGGCCAACGGAUUAUCGCUCAGGGUGAUUUGGCAGAUUGUUUCUACAUCGUAGAAUCAGGACAUGUUAGAAUCACUAUGAAGAGAAGUAAGUCAAAAAACGAAAGCGAAGAGGAGGAACUGGAGAUCACCACGUGCUCUAGGGGGCAGUAUUUUGGAGAAUUGGCUCUUGUCACGAACAAGCCACGGGCAGCAUCUGCAUACGCUGUGGACAAUGUCAAGUGUUUAGUAAUGGACGUGCAGGCGUUCGAGAGGUUAUUGGGUCCCUGCAUGGACAUCAUGAAACGGAACAUUGCGAAUUAUGAAGAACAGCUGACGGCGCUCUUCGCGAGUCACAUGGCAAUAGACAAACAAAUGCAUGAAACACAAUAAACAUCACAAACAAUAAAUGCAACAUGAAAUGAUGAGAGAGCGGUGAGUACUGAUGACUGAGAUCACACGUCUUCACAUAAGUCAUGAGCUUGAAGUUAUUGUUUUUUGCAAUCAAUAAUCCCAAUUCUAUAGAUGUGAAAAGCCAAACGUGUGAGGGUUUGACUUCAGGACGCACAAGGUUUCUCUCACCAGGCACAUGUUUGGGAUUUGGUACUGUUUACCUACAUCUGCAUCUUUAUUUGGUUUUUGGUGUUCGUUCACAUGUCACAAAGACGUUGACUGUCUCUUACAGUGAGGUUCAGAUCAAGUUUGAGUUUUUUUGCAAGACUGUGUUGUUCUCAUGAACAGCUGACGUGACACAAUUGGUUUAGCACAACUGAAUUCUGCACCUGAAGUUUGGAAGUGCUUUCUCAGAUGCUUCAUGAAUUGCAUUCUGAUAACAAUACGCCGAUGUAUAAAGUCAACAUGGAAUGUCAAAGUUUUAUGGACUUAUUGUGCAUGAUUCACUGGGACACAUGAUUUCAAAUAAAUAUGGUCGUCUUCAUACUUAUCCUUAAAAACCCACACAGCCUGGGAAACAACUUUCCUUUUUGAAUUACGUCACUGUCCCUCCCCUAUAACCAUCUGAUUCUUUCACAUUCCAGUCAGCUCUCAAUAGACUUUAUUAGAUUUUAAGAGUUUGGUUCCCAAAUGUUUUUUUAUUAUUAUUCCAUAGGUAAACUGGAUUUUUUUUAUUGCGUUAGUUUGCUGUAUUUUUUUAUUGCGUUAGUUUGCUGUAUUUUUUUAUUGCGUUAGUUUGCUGUAUUUUUUUAUUGCGUUAGUUUGCUGUAUUUUUUUUAAUGCGUUAGUUUGCUGUAUUUUUUUUUAAUGCGUUAGUUUGCUGUAUUUUUUUUAAUGCGUUAGUUUGCUGUAUUUUUUUUUAAUGCGUUAGUUUGCUGUAUUUUUUUAUUGCGUUAGUUUGCUGUAUUUUUUUUUAAUGCGUUAUUUAGCUGUAUUUUUUAUUGUAUUUUAUUGCACUAGUUAGCUGUGUUUUUUUGUUUUUAUUGCUCAAAUCAAAAUAAACCAACUGCAGUUUGAUUGAUAUUAAUUGGAAUGCACAAUAAAAAACAUGAUUUAAAAAAUGUAAUAAAACAGAGUUUAAUUAUAUACAUACGAGUAUAUAAACUCUUAGUCUUUGGAUAAAAGCGUCUGCUAAAUGAAUGUAAAUGUAAAUACGUAGAGUGAUUAGUGAAGGACCUUUCAUGUUGACUUUAUUUCAGUCAAAUUCCAAACAUAUUGCUUGAGAAUAAUAACAGAAAACAUCAGAAAGAGAGCCACAUGUUUGAAUAUUAUUGCACUUUGAAGCCAGUGUUGUCAUGACAUUUAUACUUGCACACUUCUAAAUGUUUUCAAGCUCCUUAUACUGUUAAACAUAGAAAUAGUGACUAUAGACAUUGUGUAUCUUUACUUUCUGUUGUGAUGUAGCACAUUUGUAUGAUUUGGUAACAUCACCACCGCUUGACGCAUCUGUCGAUGUGAAUCAUUUUUGUAUAACUAAAGUAUUUCGCUGAUUUUGAACUGAGACUAUUUAACAUGCACAACUUGUAUCUUUAUGUGAAGGAUCUUGAAUUUCUCAAGUGUUUGUUUAGUUUCUGACCAUCUCUUUUUUUUUGGUAGCAUUUCUUCUUUAUUAACUGUUGAUUCUGCAGGAUUUUGUCUUUAACAGUCUCUAUUCUCAUGGCUGUCUACCUCUGAUAUGAGCGACACAAUAAUCAUGUAGAUGUCAACAUCACACCAUUUACAUUCAGUUUUUCUUCUACGUGUCUGUGCGAAUAUCUGCUGCCUAGUAAAUGUCCUGAAAAAUGAAUCAAAGGUCUACAGUCUCUCAGUGUAAGAGAGCUCAGUAUCUAUCUGACUUUACAUUCAAAUAAAGAACAGUUUUCUAUUGA